AGAGAGAGAGAGAGAGAGGUGAUGUUCCCAUGCAGCCAGUGGAGCGCAUCGCGCGGACCUGUUUGUUUCCUCGCUCACGUGUUUUUAGAGUAAACUGAACACGUCUCCUUCUGAAACCUCAGUUCCCUUUGAUACCACCGUUAGGGUCUCUCCCUCUCACCCUCUCUCUCUCUCUCUCUCUCUCACCCCUCCCUCCCCCCCCGUUACACUUCCCCGCCGCGGUGCAGGUCCUCGCGGUGUCCGGUGCAGGUGCUGUGGAGGUGAACGGGGCUGGAUGACCACCUGACCUUAACCCGGGCCACCAGACCAUGCCUCUGAGGUCAUAAUGUCUUCACUGCAGCGCGUCAUUCUACAGGAAAAGGACCAGGACGCUGAGAAGAACUUGGACUGGAGCUACAUCGAGUGGGCCGAAAACGAAGCCGCCCCCACCGGUGUGGCGGACGCAGAGACGCAAACGGACCGGGGCCCGUUUCAGCACAAGCAGUGUCAGACCAGCAGCCCGGUCAUAAUGCACAUAGAUCUCACGCGGACACACUCCAAGCUGAGACAUUUGUCCCUGGGGGACACCGACGGACUGGUGGCCCCUUUGGUCCAGUUUGACCGGCAGGCCCCGGCCCGCAUCUCCACGUCCCCCACCUUGAGGAGAAUGAGGAGCACCAGGCGUCCCGUGAUGGACAGCCGGGACCCUGUCAUGAUGGGGGUCACCCCGGAGGAGCCCUCCUGCGGGGGCGCCGCGUCCCCCGUGAGGCCGCUGUCCCCGGCACACCGGGUCAAGUCUCCCCUCGCAGCCAGCCCCCUCUCCUACGGAGAGCUCUGUCCCGAUCAUCAGCCCACCUCCUGGUCCGGCCGACAGAGAACCCCGUGGCAGAGAUCAAAGACUUUCACCAACGGUACCGCGGGGGCAGAAUGUCGCAGCGCCCGCCCCGCCCUCACCGAGGAUUUCACCUUUCCUGACUGCGGGGGUCAGGACAACGAGCUUUGUCUUAAUAGGCUUCAGGAAAGGAGGCGGAGCUCCGUGGUGGUCAGCUUGCCCGGAUUGGAUGUUUCACCCGGAGACCUUUUUGUAUUCAAUGGAGCAGCUGACAGAUUAAACGGUUCAAACUUCUCUGAUAUAAAGAAGUCAAAGUGGCCCUUCUCAAGGCGCAGUACGACUAAAGGGAAGUCCCUCACAGGCACAGCGUCAGAUAUUGAAAAACAUCUCUCCUCGUCACAGAUUCAGGACUGGAGAAACCCAGAUCUUCAGAGGUACAAGGACCUCUCUCUGGCGGAGUUCCUGCGGGACCAGUCCUCCCAGGUCGGCCCUGCCUCUGACCCUCAGGGCUUCAAGAGACAAGAGGCCAUCUGGGAACUCUUCACCAGCGAGUGUGUCUACUUCCUGGAUCAGCUCAUGGUUCUCAAAGAGGUGUUUUCGGCUACACUCACAAACCUGCAGGCGAGGCACUGCCUGGCUGAUGUCGACUCCUGGAGGCUGUUUGCAAACCUCAACGAGCUUUGCCUGGUGAGCUUCGGUUUCCUGAACAACCUCCUCCGCGCCAUCAGGGACGCGCUGCAGGUGACGCGCGGCGGCGGGCCGACGCUGCUGGAGCUGCUGAGCAAAGCUUUCCAGGAGAGUUUAUGUCACUGCCUGCAGAAGUACUGCCUCAACUACUCCACAGCGCUGCUUUAUCUGGACAGCCUGAAGCCCAGAGAGGACUUUGGAUCCUACGUGAAGUGGUGUGAGAGGAACGAGCAGUGCCGGAGGCUGCAGCUGCGCGACCUGUUGGUGGCGCCGUUGCAGAGGCUCACCCGAUACCCUCUGCUGUUGCGUAACAUUGCGAAGAGAUGCCCGACGGAGGACGAGGCCGGAGGCCUGCAGGUCAUAACGGAGCAGGUGGACACGUCGAUAUGUGAUUUGGAGGGAAAGGUGAAAUGGCUGGACAACUACCAGAAGGUGAAACAGCUGAGAGAUGCCUUGGUGUGGCUGCCUGUGUGGGAGAGGGACAAGCGGGCCUUCGUCCCCGAGAAUCUGAAACAUUUGUUAAAAGCUGUCACUCUGGAGAAUCUCAUUUCUCACAGAAGUCUGCUCCACGAAGGGAAAGUGAUGCUCACAGAAAACACAAAGCUGAUCGACGUUUAUUUGUUCCUGUUUGACGAAUUCCUGCUGAUCACAAAGAUAAAGAGAAACAAGAAGCGCUCCAUCGGUCCAGAGCAGAACCCUCUCAGGAUGCCACAGAACCUGGAGCUGGAUCAGCUCCUGAAAGACGGAUGCACCUUUGUGGUGCUGGACCAGCCCGUCUCUCUGGACCGACUCCAGCUCAAGAACAUCGACCAGCUCAACGCUUCGGCGUCGGGGCUGCCUCAUUCUUUCAUAAUCAUGCACCAGAACCGCUACCAGCAGUGCAUCGGCGCAUUCAUCCUGCAGGCUGCAUCAGAGGCUGCCAAGCGAGUGUGGAUGACCACGAUAGAGGGCGCCAUCACGGCGCUGCUGGCUUCUCCGCAGCCUCGAGUGAAGAGCUCCUCCCUGUGGCUGGAGUCCUCCCAGAUAUGAGGAAGCGUCUCUGCUUGUAAAUAGGUAGCAUCAUCCAUCCGCUGCUGCAAUAGGGUUCAAUAAACAUCUCAUUAAGUCAAAGCUGUUCUCCAGUGUUUAUUUUUUUUUUUUAAGAAGACACAUAUCUGAUAUCUAAUUCACUUUACAAAAGGAAUUUUACCUUGAUGUCAUCUAGCUGACUUUUUACAGCCAGAAUUGGCCCAGAAGUGGUAAAGAUUUCCAUUUCAACGUUAACAAUCCUACGAAAGUAGUCAGACUCCAUCUGCUGAUCAAAGGCUGCAGAAAGGCCACUAAAUGGUCCUCAAGGUAAGAUUUUUUGGGACAAAACUAAUGCUACCAAGGCCAAAAAUGAACUUCACAUUUUAACUAUGAAAGACCUAACAAACUAGAAAACACCGAUUUAGAUUAAGACGUAAAA